AUGGAGUACGCGGGCUUUCGAGAGGCUGCCAUUUUUGUUAUUGUCGCUGUUCUGUUGACGGCCUUGAUCAAGCAGACCAACAAAGCCGAUAUUGCCAAAAUUCAGAAUCUCCCUGAGCUUCCUGGCGUGCCUUUGUUCGGAAGCCUGUUCCUACUCGGCCGUCACCACGCUCGCAACUGCGCACGCUUGGCCAAGGACUACGGCGAUGUCUUCCAGGCACGGCUCGGCAACCGCCGCUUCAUUUACGCCAACUCAUUUGAGUCUGUUAGAGAGCUCUGGAUCAAGAACCAGUCUGCUCUGAUCUCGCGCCCGAAGACGUGGACCUUCCAUAAUGUCGUCUCCGCCCCGGGCGUCUUCACACUAGGCACCUCGCCAUGGAAUGAUUCAGUCAAGCGUGCGCGCAAGGCGGCUGCCACUGCCCUGAACCGCCAGGCCGUGCAAACAUACCUACCUAUCAUAGAUCUAGAGUCCACCACGAGCAUCAACGAGGUGUUUCGCAAUCUCAAGCUUGAUAACAACAUUGACCCAAACGGCUACUUCCAGCGCUUCUCCCUGAACGUGUCUCUGACGCUGAACUACGGUAUCCGUCUGGAUGACACUGCUCGUGCACAUCAUUUACUCAACGAGGUCGUCACCGUCGAGCGAGAACUGGCCAACUUUCGCGGUAUUGCCCACAACUGGCAAGACUACGUGCCCCUUCUGCGCCUCCGGCUCGGCCAACUCAAGGAGCGCAUUGCCAAGGCCACCGAUAAGCCUUGCAUUGCAGGCAAUGUCCUCAAGGACCCUGAAGCCAAGCUGUCCGAUAACGAGCUCAAGUCCAUCUGCCUUACCAUGGUUGCUGCCGGUCUAGAUACCCUGCCCGGUAACAUUAACAUGACUCUCGCGUACCUUUCGUCUGAGCAUGGCCAGGAAAUCCAAAAGAACCUGCACGAGGAACUCGUCAAGGCCCAUGCUGGAGAGGAUCCUUGGCAUGCAUGUCUCACCGAAGAGAAGUCUGAGUACAUGCGCUCGUUCGUCAAGGAGGUUCUGCGUUUCUGGUCAACCCUCAAUAUGUCGUUUAAUCGAGAAAGCACCAAGCCCAUUGUGUACAAGGGCGCCACGAUUCCCGCUGGUACUCCUUUCUUGAUGAAUAUGUGGGCAGCCAACCACGAUCCCGAGCACUUCAGCCGUCCUAUGGACUUCUACCCCGAGCGCUUCAUGGGUGUUGACGAGGCUGGCGCUGGCACACAGCACUACGGCUAUGGUGCCGGUACGAGGAUGUGCGCAGGCGUGCACCUGGCAAAUCGCGAGCUAUACGCCAUCUUCAGCCGCCUCGUGCUCGCGUUCCACAUUCUCGCCACUGAUGACCUCAAGUCACGUCCAAUCCUGGACACGAUCGAGUGCAAUUCUGUGCCCACGAGCAUGGUCACGCAGCCCAAGCCGUUCAAGGUCAAGUUCAUACCGCGAAGUGAGAAACAACUUGAGGCGUGGAUUGCCGAAAGCUUUGAGGCGACAGAGCAUUUGUAG